AUGUCCAUUUACCGCCAGGUCAAACAGCUCUACUUCUCUAAAUACAUGAAGAGAGACGUGCAGCAGAGGAGUACUACACAGCACCCCAGCCAGCACAUCCAUGGGUAUCCGGAGGAAAGAUUGUCCGAAGAAGAAAAGCAGGGCCCAGAGCGUGCCAAGAUUCCCCAGACUGCCCGCCAGGACCCACCACGGCGCAGCAGAGCCAAGCACCACCCGGCCCGCGGCCCAAGAGAGGAAGCCGCCCACACCCGCCAGGGCCGCCCAAACCCCCCCAUGAUGGAUCUUCCACCCGGCGGGCCACCCCACCCACGCAGGGCCAGGGACAGACACCGGCAGGGACGGCCAACCGAGGUGUUCAGGGGCGCCACAGGCAGCCCGGCAGCAGGGAACCCCCCCCCAGGCGCAGACCGGGAGAGACCCACCCCACCACACCUGAUGAAACCCCAGCUAGCAGCCAAGGACGGGACAACCCCAGACCCCCCGGCAAACGGGGAGCCGGUCCAGCCAGGCCGGGUGAUCAGCCAGGACGCACCCCAGCGCAGCGGCCUAGGCGAAACCCAGAGGCCCCACCCCCCGAUCCCCCCCCAGCACACCACCCACCCCAGGGGGGCAGAACCCCCCAUCCCCCGCACCGCCCCCAACAGGCCAGGCCAGGCCAGCGGCCACCCAGAGACACUGACCACGCGCCCUCAGCCAAGAGAAACACCAGAGGACCCCAACAAUCCAGCCCCCCCACCCCGGGACGGUGAUAGCAAGGCCCCACCACCCCUGACGACAUUACAUUAA